ACUGCAGCAAGAAGUGAGUGAGUGUGUGUGUAUGUGUGUGUGUGUUUGCCGCGAUCAAGAGGAAAGAGCAAGCGGGGAUUAAUAUUUAUAAAAACCUCUCAUCUGGCUGACGACAGAGAUGGCAGCCAUUCGGAAGAAGCUGGUGAUUGUCGGGGAUGGAGCUUGUGGAAAAACAUGUCUCCUAAUUGUUUUCAGUAAAGAUCAGUUUCCUGAAGUCUACGUCCCGACAGUGUUUGAGAACUACAUCGCUGAUAUCGAGGUUGAUGGAAAGCAGGUGGAGCUGGCACUGUGGGAUACCGCAGGCCAAGAGGACUACGACAGGCUGAGGCCUCUCUCUUACCCCGACACAGAUGUCAUCCUCAUGUGCUUCUCCAUCGACAGCCCUGACAGUUUAGAAAAUAUUCCUGAGAAGUGGACGCCUGAGGUGAAGCACUUCUGUCCCAAUGUUCCCAUCAUCCUGGUGGGGAACAAGAAGGACCUGAGGAACGAUGAGCACACACGGAGAGAGCUGGCCAAGAUGAAGCAGGAGCCGGUGAAGACAGAAGAAGGCAGAGACAUGGCCGGCAGGAUCAGUGCUUUCGGCUACUUGGAGUGCUCUGCCAAGACCAAGGACGGCGUGCGGGAAGUGUUCGAGAUGGCCACUAGAGCGGCGCUGCAGGUCCGCAAGCGCAAGAAGAGAAGCGGCUGCGCACUGCUGUGAGCUGUUCAAACACCGUAAAAUCAACUGACCAACAGGAAGAAAAACAAAACACAUGAAAAAGGACUGACCUUUUACCAAAUGGCAUCUUCGUACUGUAUCUCGAAUUCCACGAUAACAGGCAGACAGAUGAAAUGAACGCAAACACACCUAAUACAGGAAAAUGGACUUUGUCAUUAUUACAGCUGUGGUUAGAAAUUGAUGUUUAAAGUUCCUUGUUGAUUUUGCAUUUUUUUUCCGAAAGCUGUCUAUACACAUAGAAUGUUUUCCAACUUGUUUUUUCUUUAUAUUUGUAAUGUAAUGAGGCAGUGAUAGAUGCACAUAUUUGUAUGCAACAUUGUUCUUCACAAGCUCGGGCGAGCAACAUCCUUUCUUAGCUUGUAUAAAGUCUUCAUGAAUAAGGUCUUGUCCAAACUGUCCAGACUGUCACGUUAGUAUCAGUUCUGUUUAUCAUGGUAGCAGUCAUGAUAGAAAGUGAAAGUUGAUAUCUUUUGACCAUAAGCGCUAGUGCCUUUUUUUUUUCUUUUUUUCUGUGAAGUUUGUACGUCACCAUCUACUUCUCAUGUUUGUCAGCUAGUUAACAUUUCAGCUGAGGGCCUCUCCAUUGUACUGUAGCUCAUUUUACAUGGUGAUGUCAUUGUGAAACCCAAGCAAAGCCAUAACUAAGGCUUUCAGUGCCGUUGACAACUCAUCAAGCACAACAAAUGGUUGCUUGUGUCAUUUUUUUUUUUUGUCAGCGUUCCCUCGACAUUCUCCAUUUCCAGUCCACUCACACCGAGGAUAAAGACGGUAGCUGUCUCUGUAAUGUGAUGACGGUCAACGAAGUAGUGAGUUCCCGAACUUCUGUAUGAGAUCUGAUUAUUCGCAUGCAUCCCCUCAUAACUUGUUGCUUAUCUGUGCAGUGGACCUUGAUGUCGGGAUGAGAACCGGCCAAUUGAGACACAAGCCAAUAUGACUCAACUAUGCACAAUAGCUGUUAGGAGCAACAGGGAAAUGACACAGCUGAAACAGGAAUCACAUGGAGGCAAAGGUCUGGUGAAACCUCCCUUGUUUGUUUAUUGCGGGUGAGCGAGUUCAGCUCUUCAUCUGCUACAAUGCAAAGGAGCCGGUCACGCCCACUGUAGGAAUCUGUGUGUUGGACGGGUCGGCCCAGUCAUGGAGCUGAUGUCUUGUUAGAGCUGUUAGCCUGUUGCGUGUGGAUGAUUCCAGUCGGAUGACAUUCUUUACAUGUUUUAGUGGAGCUGAGUUGUGUGUGAGGAGUUUGUCCCCCCUCCUCCCGGUGCCUUCUCUGGUCUGGUGUGCCUUUGGUUGUUCUCUCCCAGACCAGAUAGACCAGCUGCACUAUGCCAACCUGAUACUGACUGACGAGGUCCAAGAGUGACCUUUCUGAAAUGUGUCACAAAGCUCAGAUGUUUGGAUGGCUUGAAAAAUAGCAAAAAAUGUAAUUAGUUUGCUGAAGUGUAUUCCCUCACAACAUAAAUUUUAUGUAUUAAUAUCUUUAAAUGCAGUGUCAUCUUUAUUAUCUUGGCAGGUGAGCUUGAUUGCGCCAAUUUACAUCAUGCAGUUUUGCAUUGAGAGGGAAUCAUGGGAAAAUUACAAAACUUGUAACAUUACAUAUCUCACCAGAAUCACUGGGAAAACAUCUGUCUGCAGCCAGAGAGAUGCUCUUUGAUGUUUCAGAGUUGGCUAUUGCUGUUAGUUUUCAGAAAUCAACUGCGGCUAGAUGGAAAUCGGGCUCAUUGGUCUGUCUUGAUUUUGAUCAGUGUUUUGAUCAGACCUCCGUUUCCUGGCAAAUGAAGCAUUUGAUAUUUUAUGUCGCAAGUCAAAGGAGCAGAAGAUCGUUAAGGGGCUUACACUGAACUACACUUGUUGCAGCUUUUGCUCCCGUCUCCUCUCAGAACAUUCGAUUGUGAACGUGAACUGAAAAUACAACGGCUUGAUAUAGAACGCUUUAAAAGGCCCCAGCGACUGUCCUCAGGCACAGACUCUUCACUGCAUUCCUUUUCUCCGCCUCUGUUGCUCUUUCAUGUACUGCACAUUCCCUUGGUUGCAUGUUGCUGUCAGUGAGGAGGAGGGCGGAUGUUGAUAUGUGUGUGGCUAAACAAUAUCUUUGAUGUUGCAUGAAACCUCUGUACAAUGCCAGGAUGGGAACCAAACCUACUGGCUGGCAAGGUCUUUAUCUAUUAUAAUGUAAUGCAUCUUUAUUACCCUCUAUUGGCCAAGCACAUAUGCUUUAACUGAGUGAUCCAGUGGAAGAGCUAAAACUUAUAGAAUUAGUUGUAUUUUCCACGGCUCAGCUGAGGUGUAGAUGUGAAUAUUUUUUUUGUUUUUUGUUUUUGAAGAGGAAGAAGAGAGGGGGGCAUUGAUUACAAUCACACACAAGCACCAUAUUAAUGUUGUUACCUCAACUCUUUGUAGGGCGGACGCUAUGUUUUAACUCUGGACCUUAUGCAUUAUUGUGGACAACAAAUAGCACACACACACACACACUAAUAAGUUAAGAUUAAACAGAUUCAUAUCCUUUACGACUAAAUGUUUCUAGCAAUGAAAACAAAAGCCUUGAGUUAUGCGCUUCACAGUUGUGGCAUGAUGUUCAAAUUCUUGGGAAUUAGAGGUCGGCACAGAUAAUCGAAUAACUUUCACAGCUGGAAGCGCAACAUGAUGAUGAAAGCAUUCCCCUAGAGCGGCAGAGGUUCUAGUGUUGAACAUAUCACAAAGAGCAUGUACUAUACAGCUGUUAAUGUGUAUGCAGAUAAUAUUGCGCUAUAUCAAAAGUUGUCCUUAUGAUGUUGAUGCAUGCAUGAGAUAACCAUGGGUCUUACAACAAAUAGCACACACAUACAGGCACACACACACACGCACACACGCACACAUGCACACACGCAGCACAUGUCUUCGGGAACAGCUUCUGCUCAGUGUUGUGUAACUUUUUCUUUCUCUGGAAGUAUUUGAAAUUAUAAAGGAUCCAGAUUUCUAUAAAAGCUCAUUGUAAUAAUGCUUUGUAAACAGAAAAGUGUUGUAGUGAAUGUUUGAUCUGAAGUGAACAUGAACAUUGUUAUUAAUAAACUAUUUUUGAGACAAGACCGA